GUGUCCUGUCGGCUGUCAGUCAGUGAUUUGAUUAUUAUCAUGUCUGUAAUAAGAAAUUAUUGUAUCUUACUGUCUGACUGCUACAGAUAUAGCAUAGCCUACGUGAACUUGAGAGUGGUGACUCUAAUGUUGAUAUAAUUAUUAAAUUUAACUUUUUCAUCAAUACAGAAUGUCGAUUUCCUGAGGUUUUAGUGCAUUCCUGCAUUCAAAUAUGACAACCGAAUGGAAAUCAAAAGACUUUAAUUUGUUUAGCUCUAAUCUUUGUAGGUUAUGUGCGAAAGUUAGUAAUUGUUUAUCACCAAUUUUUGAACCUAGAACAAAUAGAGAAGAUAACAGAAUAUAUUUAUUGAUGAAAAAGUGUUUACCAAAAUUAGAGGUCCACCAUGCUGAUUCCAAGCCGCAAGGUGUUUGUGUCUCUUGUAUCAGCAAACUAGAUGCCUGUGACGAACUCAUUGAAUCAAGUAUGGCAGCAGAUUGCACUUUUGAUGAGAUAUUGAACUCACAGUUAGCUAUUCAGGACAGCAUUGCUAAUCCUGUAAUGAAACCAAAUGAUGACUGUUUCUGGAUGGAUUCAACAUCGAAAAAUGACAGAGAUUCGAUGAGUGUACCACCUGAGGGGAGUGUAAUCGUUGUUGGCAAAAUGCCCAACCAAUGUCAAACGGCACCGGAACAGGACUUUGUGGUCAUGUUGGAAGUUAAGUACAAGGAUGAAAAGAUAGAAUCAGCUUCUUUUUCACCAGAAAGUAUUGCUGAUACAAUGACGAAAACAUUGGUACAAGAUAAAAAUGAACAAACAGUAGAUUCAACAGCUUUUUCUUACAUUCCUUCUGCAGACAAAUACUUUUUAAUUGAGAACCCUUACACGGAUGGAAAAUCUCUUGUUGACAGUUACUCUCAGAGAGAGAAACCAAGUAAGAAAAUAGCAUGCAAGCUGUGUGGUGCUAAGUUCUCACGGGUGACAAGACUGAAGGCGCACCACUUAGCCCUGCACACCAAUGCGCGACCUCAUGCGUGUGACCAGUGCGAUGCGAUGCAGCAUUCGCAAUGCGCUGGGAUCUGA